UAGUAUACCGUAUAUAUACGUUGUCGCCUUCUCUCGAGGAAACCUAGGAAUUGAUCUUUUCUGUUUCUUGUUUUUUUGCCCGAAACCAUGGCCGUCCAAACCACGGCGGAUCUAAGAAAAGUCACGAUUCGGGUCUCAGACCCUGACCCGGACGCCACCGAUUCGUCCUCCGACGAAGAAGGUCGAGAAACGCCGGCAAAGCGCCGCAAAAUCGCGGUCUACGAAGCCUAUAUCCGCCGGCCGAGGAUCUCGCCGGCGGAUCCAUCACCGGUGACCCGAAAACAGGCGGGAGGUCCCAUGAAGAUCCCCGUUUCGGAUCCGGGUACGCGACGAAUGCCGAAAACACCCUUCCCCCAAGGGGUCAGGAAGCGGAAGUGGGGGAAGUGGUGCUCGGAGAUCAGAAACCCGUUCACACGGCGGCGGGUGUGGUUGGGAACAUUCGAUUCCGCGGAGGCGGCUUCAGAUGCUUACCUUGGCCGGAAGAAGGAAUUCGAGAUUGCCCAACAGGGAAUAACAGAGAUUCCACCGAUUGAAUCCAAGAAAGAGGACGGAUCGGAGGAAUCUGCAGAGGUUCUUGAAGUUCCGGUGAGCUCUGAUUCCUGUUCGAGUAACAGAGAGAUAGUAGCAGAAGAAGAUGGAGAGAUGUGGUUGGGGAGGUGGGUCCCGAUGGGGGAUGGGAGAGAGGUGAGUUAUUCAGUGAAAUAUGGAAUCCCCAUUAUUGAUAACUUUGGGCAUAUGCUUGGUGAAUUUAGGAGACUAGAUGAUGAGCUGUGGAUCUGUAAACCUGAGGAAGAUGAUGACUACUACCAUGGCUGCUAGUACCCAUUUAUGGUAAGCUAACUAGCAAAGUAGAGCAUAACUGAGGAGCUUCGUUUGCAACCACGACAUGGCGGAUAUGGAAGUGGAGAUGCAACAAAAUAUUCCAAAAUGAGAGUUGAGAAAGAAGAGACCAAAAAGGCUUUUUGACGACGAAAACCCCCGGGCAAAGUGCAAAAGGCAAAGCACACAAGUGUCAACUAUAUAUGAAGGGGUGGACAUCCCUGCAUAUAUGGGUCGCUGGCUUCAGUUGCACGACGAGAUUAAGCAGUGCAACUGUAGGAGAAGUUUCAGCCUUAUAUACAAGGAUCAAAUGGGGGGGCAUGGAAAUAGGGGAUAAAGAAGCUCAACUUAAUGGUGAUAACUGUAGGGGAUAAAGAAGCUCAACUGUAGGGGAUAAAGAAGCUCAACUCAGUGUGGUGUAAGAGUACGCGUUGGCAGUGUGAUGAAAAAGUGAUAACAAUAAUGUAAUAUGUCAGUGUGAUCUUUCAACCAUCGGUGAUCUGCGGUGGUACUCUGGUGGUCGGCGGCGAUGGAUGACAGUGUGACGGUGACAUUGUGACAGUUACAAAUUGACAAUAUGGUAGUGUGGCAGUGUAGCAAUGAGAGUGUUAACUCUUAUUUUAGUCUUAAAAAACUUAUGACUCAUAU